UCGGCACCUUAAUUCACUGCCCUUCCCAUCCCCAAUUUCUCACGAAAGCCCUUUUGCUUCCGUAAUCGAUUCAAAAUUGAAAACUAGAAAUUCAUCUUCAGAAAAAAUAACAAGAAAAAUCGAUACAGAAAGCAAGGUUUUAGAAUGAGAGGAAGAUUUUAUAGAAGUAUGCCGCGAUUGAGGGCGUCGGGCUCCUCGAUUAUGAACUCCAUCGCAGUAUCUCGGCUGAGAAGAAAAGCUAUGGAUUCAAUGUCUUCUGCUCAGCUCACUUAUUCUACCAUAAAGGAUUUAUUUGAGAGGCAUAAAGUGGUUUUUACAGUUUCCACUUCCAUUGCAUCAGUUGUUACAGCUUGGGCAGGUUAUUCUUUACGGCAGCUGCAUCAGUCGAGAGUCGAGCAAAAGCUUGAAUCAAUUGAGAAAGCUAUGAAAAACAAUUAUCAGAUGGAAGAUCCCGAGUUGAGGAAACUAGUCUCAGGAUCUGUUAGUCUGCCGGCUUGUCUUGCAACUGCUGGAACUGGUUUGAUUAUCGGGGGAACGGCUCCGAUUGGCAAUGGGGAGAUUAUCCAUAUAAGGUUAGGUCUGGGAUGGCGAGGUGGAGUGAGGUAUGCGAACCGGAGGUUCCAGAGGGAACAGAUGAAGCUGCUCGGGCAGCUGAAGCCAGGAAGAUGGCCGUUGAAGCUCUUUAAAAGGCCUAUUCUGAGACGAAGACUUCAAGAAAAUGCCGAUAAGAUUUCAGAGCCUAUAGAGAAGGAUGCAUUAGCUCAACAUUCUAACUGAUCAAAGCCUCACUGCCCUCGGAAAACUGAACCCCCUUUUUUUCUAUUUACAUAUAUUAUGUUAUUUGUAAAAAAUCGUUUAUGUGCAUCAAUUUUGAGAACUGAGGUCCUUAAUGUA